UCCCUGUUUCAACCUCCCCAGCCUUUUGAAUGAAUUGAUCGCCUCCCGAUCCCAUUUCUCUUUUCUUUUCCCCCAACUUCACGACGUUCUUUUUUGUUUAAACUACUUUUUUCACUUCAAUCGUCCUUCUUUUAUCGAGCGAGACCUGCGUUUUCUCCUGUUCCUGUCGCACAGCAACUCGCUCAUCUCCAUCGCUUUUGACCGAUUAACUACCCAUUCAAAGAGACUCCGAGAUAAACACGAUAUACAUAUCUAUUAUUGUUUUUAAUCUAUCACUGUCAUGAGACUUUCAAAUAUCUUGGCCAGCACGGCCGUCGUUGCUGGCUCGCUGGUGUCAGCAGAGCUCGACCCUAUCGUUAUCAAGGGAUCUAAAUUCUUCUACAAAACCAAUGGCACGGAAUUUUUCAUGCGAGGAGUCGCAUACCAAGAGGACUUCUCCAGUAACGGAACCACGAGCGGGUCGGACAAUUACAAAGACCCUUUGGCCAAUGUUGAUAACUGCAAGCGUGACAUCCCUCUGUUGCAGGAAUUGCGAACAAACACGAUCCGAGUGUACGCCAUCGAUCCCAAAAAGGAUCAUUCCGAGUGUAUGAAGAUGCUCGACGAUGCCGGCAUCUACGUUGUUGCCGACCUUGGAGAGCCAAAAACAUCCAUCAACCGUGAUGAUCCCAAGUGGGACGAUGAACUCUAUGAACGUUACACAACCGUCAUCGAUGAGCUUGCCCAAUACAGCAACGUUUUGGGUUUCUUCGCCGGAAAUGAAGUUACAAACAACAAGAGCAACACUGAGGCUAGUGCAUUCGUCAAGGCUGCCGUUCGUGACAUGAAGGCCUAUAUCAAACGGAAGAACUAUCGCCCAAUGGGAGUUGGAUACGCCACAAACGAUGAUGCAGAGAUCCGUGACGACAUGGCUGAUUACUUCAACUGCAACUCUGAAGAUGAAGCCAUCGACUUCUGGGGUUACAACAUCUACUCUUGGUGUGGAGAUUCCAGCUUCAAAGAAUCCGGAUAUGAUGCCGUUGUCAAAUAUUUCAAGGACUUCAACAUCCCCGUUUUCUUCGCCGAGUAUGGUUGCAACCAUGUGCAACCCCGUAAAUUCACCGAAGUUGGGGCUAUUUACGGCCCUCAAAUGACACCUGUCUUGAGCGGUGGUAUUGUCUACAUGUACUUCCAGGAAGAAAACGACUAUGGUUUGGUCAAGAUUGAGAAUGACAAAGCCAAAAAGCUGGAAGACUUCAAAUAUCUCCAGAAGCAAAUGCAGAAAGUCGAUCCCGAUGGCGUCCAGAUGUCUGAUUACAAACCCACCAACACUGCUCUCCAAGCUUGCCCAACCAGCAGAGUCUGGAAAUCAAACAAGGAUCUCCCUCCUACCCCCAACAGAGAACUCUGCAACUGUAUAGUUAAGAGCUUGAGCUGCGUUGCCAAUGAUAAGAUCGACGACGAGGACUUGGGCGACCUCUUUAGCACUGUUUGUGGAUUGAGCGAGGAAGCCUGCACAGGCAUCGCCACCGAUCCAGAGAAGGGUGUCUAUGGAGCCUACAGCAUGUGUAGCCCACGUGAAAAACUCUCGUUCGCAUUCAACUCGUACUAUGAAGAGCAAUCUGCCAAGGGCAACGGCCAAAACGCAUGUGACUUCAAGGGCAGUGCUAAGCGACAAUCCCCUAUCGAACCAUCCGGCACCUGCAGCUCGCUCAUCGAGCAAGCUGGAAAGGACGGCAAGGGCAGCGUAACCUCUGUCCCGAAUGGCUCCUCUUCCUCUGCUGCCUCGCCAAUGGCCAUUUCUCCCCUCAACCUUAACUUCCUCCAGCUUGUUGCUUAUCUCUUAUGUGCGGCGAUGGCUGGUGCUGGUGUGAUUCUAUUGUAGAUACCUAGUUGAAAGCGGUUCCUUGAUUUUGCUGUACCUUUUAAUGACUCCUUUUUUUUACCCGUGUUCAAAUACCUUGGUUGGCAAUAGUUAAGCUUUCCUUUUUUUCACAGCGGCUUAUAUAAUUCCAGCCAUAAAUGAAAGAGUGCCUCCCUUUCAUGCAAAGAAUAGAAUAUAUGCUUUCUAUGAGCCUCUA